AUGACUGGUUUAUCAACAAUAAUCUCCAAGAAAAUAGUCAAACCCUUGUCUCCCACCCCAUCAACUCAAAGAUGGCACAAGCUUUCCCUUCUUGAUCAAGGCAUUGGUAACUUUUACAUGGGCCUUGUGCUUUUCUACCCAAAACACCAAGUAGAUACCUUCCAAAUUGAACCAAAACAACUUUCUACACUUCUUGAAAACUCAUUGUCAAAAGCAUUAACUUAUUACUAUCCAUGGGCGGGAAGUUUAAGAGACAAUGCUACCAUUGACUGUGAUGAUACUGGGGCUAAGUUCUUGGAUGUUGAAGUGAAUUGUCCAAUGGAUAAAGUUCUUUAUCACCAAGAUUCAAGCAUAAAAAAUAUAGCAUUUCCUCAAGGUGUACCCUUGAGAAAUGCUGCAGAUGGUGCCUGUUUAAUUGUAUCUCAACUCAGUCAUUUUGAGUGCGGAGGAAUAGCAAUCAGUGUGUGUCUGUCACACAAAGUGGGCGAUGCGCGCAGCGCCCUCUUCUUUGUGAGAGAUUGGGCUGCAUUAACUCGAGAUCCAAACGCAGAACUAGUAUGUCCUCCAUAUUUUGUCCAGGAUUCCUUAAUACCGUCACCGUCUGAUGGUCCUCUUGCCUUCCCAGUAAUCGUAUCAAAACCAGAAGAACGUAUAGAACUCGAAAAGAGGUUCUAUUUUUCUGCCUCAAAGAUAAGAGCUCUCAAAGAUUUGGUGGCUGCUGAAUCAGGCGUCGAAAAUCCAACGACGACUGAGGUUGUCAGUGCACUUGUUUACAAAAGUGCUGCUAUUGCCAACUUGGGUUCAUCUCAUGAGCAAUCUCGGUUGAUCCUACUAUCAGAUAUACGAAAAGAAAUUUCACAUUCAGUAUCAUCAACAUCCAUCGGCAAUAUUCUCACAAUCUUUUCCACACCAAUCUAUAACAACAAAGAAGACCUUAAGGUGUCAAAGUUAGUAGCCGACAUAAGAAAGUCCAAACAUGAGCUUUCCAACAGAGAUAAUUUUAAAGAAAAUGAUUGGGCUUCGGCGAUGCUACAUGCAUAUAAAACAGGAGAAGGUACCUAUCGCCAAAUUAACUGUGAUGUAUACCGUUGUAGUAGUGCAUCUAACAUACCAUUUAAAGAUUUGGAUUUUGGAUGGGGAAAGCCUAUUAGAGCAACCAUGCCCAGCAGUCCAUUUAGCAAGAUGUUUUACAUGAUGAGUACACAUGAUAAAGGAAUAGAAGUGAUUAUCAACUUGAAUGAACAACAAAUGUCCGCUUUUGAGAAUGACAAGGACCUUCUCGAAUUUGCUACUCCUGCUCAUGUUGAGGACUAA